AUGCCACCUCUCGUCCGAACUCCUCAUCCGCGACAUUAUGGUUCCCUCUCCGGAUGCGAACUACUUGUCCGAGACAUUGCGACUCCCCCUCCGGAUGUGAACACUGUGCGAACAAACCAUUCAACGCAAAGCGUACAUGCGAGUAGUUAG